AUAAAAGGGUAAAAUAGUACAAUCACACGGAACACAACGGCAUCCCCUUCCCCGCCACUCAAUAACAAUUAUAUAAAUGCUUUCGGGCCAAAAGAAAAGAGUGAGGAAAAAAUGGCGUUAAGGCUUACACCUUCUCUACUGCCCACUUAUGGAGAACCCAAACUAGCUGCACUUUUCAAUUCAAGAUCCAAAUUAUCCAUUCAAUUUCUUUCAAAAAACUUCAGAAUGUUGGAUUUUGAAUCAAGAAAGAUGGGUUUAAAGGUGAGUGCUUCCCAAAAAUUGGAAGAGAAGAAUGUACCAGAGUCGGGUAGCCAAUGGGGGAAAGUGUCGGCAGUGUUGUUUGAUAUGGAUGGUGUGCUCUGCAAUAGUGAGGAAUCGUCAAGAAAAGCGGCUGUUGAUGUUUUUGCUGAGAUGGGUGUUCAAGUAACCGUUGAAGACUUUGUGCCUUUCAUGGGCAUGGGUGAAGCAAACUUCUUAGGUGGUGUUGCUGCUGCUAAGGGUGUUGAAGGAUUUGAUACCGAGGCUGCAAAGAAGAGGUUUUUUGAGAUAUAUUUAUUAAAGUAUGCAAAACCGAAUUCUGGCAUUGGUUUCCCUGGUGCCUUUGAACUUGUCUCUCAGUGUAAAAGCAGUGGUCUCAAAGUUGCUGUUGCAUCUAGUGCUGACCGGAUUAAAGUUGAUGCAAACUUGGCUGCAGCCGGUUUACCAAUAACGAUGUUUGAUGCAAUUGUAUCAGCUGAUGCUUUUAAAAAUUUGAAGCCUGCUCCUGAUAUUUUCUUGGCUGCAUCACGGAUUCUUGAUGUUCCCACUAGUGAGUGUAUUGUGAUUGAAGAUGCACUAGCUGGAGUACAAGCUGCCAAAGCUGCAAAAAUGAGAUGUAUAGCAGUGACGACAACACUAUCAGAAGAUACUCUAAAUGCGGCGGAGCCAUCACUCAUCAGAAAGGAGAUAAGUGAUAUUUCACUUGAAGAUAUCCUCAAUGGUGGCUCUGGUAGCCAUAAUGUGAUGGUGCAGGAAUCUCAAUCCAUUAACGAUCUAGCUCUCUCUUUUCCUGAGUCCAAUAUGACAGGGAGUAUCACAGAGCUGGAUAAUUAUGUAACAAGUGGUGCCAUAUCCUCGAUGGGAGGGGUGCAGGUUACCAGACGAAAUGUUGUUAGAUAUGGAAGUUUAGGAAUUGCUGCAUCCUGUCUCCUCUUUACUAUUACAAACUGGAAGGCAAUGCAGUAUGCAUCUCCAAAAGCUAUCUGGAACUUGUUGUUCGGCACAGGCAAUCCUCCUUUUGAACAGAAAGAAGAUGCAUCCAGUUCACAGAGGAUUCAACAAUUUGUAAACUAUAUUUCUGAUGUGGAUGCCAGGAAAUCUACGACUAUCGUGCCCGAGUUCCCAUCUAAACUUGAUUGGCUGAAUACAAGCCCCCUUCAGCUAGGCAGGGAUUUGAAAGGAAAAGUCGUUCUUUUGGACUUCUGGACUUAUUGCUGCAUUAACUGUAUGCAUGUACUGCCAGAUCUGGAGUUUCUGGAGAAUAAAUAUAAAGAUAUGCCUUUUGUGGUUGUGGGGGUGCAUUCAGCUAAAUUUGACAACGAGAAGGACCUUGAAGCCAUCCGUAGUGCUGUAUUACGCUAUGGAAUCACUCAUCCAGUUGUCAAUGAUGGAGAAAUGAAUUUAUGGCGGGAAUUAGGUGUCAAUUCAUGGCCAACAUUUGUUCUUGUCGGGCCAAAUGGCAAGCUCUUGGCACAAGUAGCUGGCGAAGGUCAUAGAAAGGAUCUUGAUAAUUUAGUCGAGGCUGCUCUUCUGUUCUAUGGUAAGAAGAAGCUCUUGGAUAGCAAACCCAUUCCCUCGCGCUUGGAGAAAGAUAAUGAUCCCCGCUUGUUAACAUCUCCUUUAAAGUUCCCCGGUAAGCUGGCAGUUGAUGUCCUCAACAACCGGCUAUUUAUAUCAGACAGCAAUCAUAACCGAGUAGUAGUAACUGAUCUAGAAGGGAACUUUUUAGUCCAAGUUGGAAGCACAGGAGCAGAGGGUCUUCAUGACGGUAACUUUGAUGAUGCAACAUUCAAUCGUCCGCAGGGUUUGGCUUACAAUGCGAAGAAGAACCUCUUGUAUGUGGCAGAUACUGAAAAUCAUGCUUUAAGGGUCAUUGACUUUGUGAAUGAGACAGUGCGGACGCUUGCGGGAAAUGGAACAAAAGGUUCUGAUUAUGAAGGGGGAGGAACUGGAACUGCACAGCUUCUCAACUCUCCAUGGGAUGUCUGCUUUGAACCUGAGAAUGAAAUUGUCUACAUCGCAAUGGCUGGUCAGCAUCAGAUCUGGGAACACAAAACAUCGGAUGGAGUUACAAGAGCUUUCAGUGGGAAUGGUUAUGAGAGAAAUUUGAAUGGCUCAAGCUCUACAAGCACGUCAUUUGCACAACCUUCUGGGAUUUCCUUGUCACGAGAUCUUAAGGAGGCAUAUAUUGCUGAUAGUGAGAGUAGCUCCAUUCGGGCAGUUAAUCUAAGAACAGGAGGUUCAAGAUCACUGGCUGGUGGUGAUCAAGUUAUUGCAGAAAACUUGUUUAGGUUCGGUGACCAUGAUGGAAUAGGCUCUGAAGUACUUCUUCAACAUCCAUUAGGUGUUUUAUGUGGAAAGGAUGGUCAAGUUUAUAUUGCAGAUUCUUAUAAUCACAAGAUUAAGAAACUAGAUCCAGAUAGUAAAAGGGUGACUACAUUAGCUGGUGUUGGUCAGGCUGGUUUCAAAGAUGGACCAGCGGUGGCAGCUCAGUUCUCAGAACCAUCUGGAAUUGUUGAAGCAGAAAAUGGAAUAAGAGACAUAAUUAAUCACAAUGAAAUUGGUGGUCUAAACUCUGCAAUCCUCACAAAUUAUUGCAGGAGCUCUAUCAUGCUUAAUUUUUGUAUACUCAUCGUAAGCUGCACUAGCAAGAAUAGUAGGAGUGCUGGUUAUGCAUCGCAGUAGUUUGUAUUGACCAAGUAGAUGUUCCUGCUAAAGAAUUAAGUUUAAGGUCUAUGUUCAUGUGGAUUAGUAGUUCUUUUAAAAGAAAUCAAAUUAGGACAACACUCAGUCCUGCAUAAACACGGGUAAAGUGUUCAUGGCUCAUUCCUGCAUAAACACUUCUCAACUAAUCUGCUCCUAUAUCUGAAGUUACCUAAUUUGACAUGGUAUCAGAGCAGGGCCCAUCUCACCUGAUGUUGGGCCCCCAAAAUCAAAAUUGCCCACGCACCAGAUGCUAAGCACUGCGCGUGAUGUGGGGUGUUAAAGAAUGACAAAAGUCCCACAUCGGUGAUGAGAUGGGUGGACUCCUUGUAAGGCUUGUGCAAUCCUCCCUUUGAGCUAGCUUUUGGAGUGUGAGUUAGGCCUAAGACCUAAUAUAACAACCUCAUUUUUCUUUGUUCUUUCACAAUUGUCCUGGGGAGAGGGAAUACUUGGGAUUUUGGUGCAUUAAAAGCUGCGCCUAAGGUGUAUCAUGUCUCUUGAUGGAGCAUGGCACCAGUUAUGUACUAAAAAAUAUUGGUGGCGAACAAGGCCAUUGUUAUGUUUACUUCUUGCAUGAGUGAGCAAUUUGGUGAUGAUUGAAGGCAAAUCAAAAACAAGAAUUUGGGAGAAGACGGGAUGAUAUACACCAGAGAUUCAUUAAUACUUUUUGCAAUGUCUCAUUGACAAGUUAAACCAGGAAACUGGAGUUUUUUUUGUAAGCUCAAACGUCAUAUCUUGUAAAUCUUGCAUCUUCUGGAUGCUGUUAUUAAUACCACUUAUCUUAU